UGUCCCUUCCAGAGUUACGAUUCUGUGGUUCUAUACCAGUUGCUGGAAAGUACAGGAGAGGAGAGUGCUGUUGGGCAUCGGUGGACCACUGUGAGAACAUAGAUGGCCCAUUGGCCGGACGCAGAAGCUCUCCUAACGUUCUUACCUCGAUCCAGCAGUUUUUAGGUCCUUGCAGCCUCUCUGAUCUGGGGGAAGCCUUCGGCUCAGAAAGAGAGAAGUCGGCAGAAGAACACGGAAUAAAGUCUUUCUGCGGUCUUGGAAGCCACCUCGGGAGUACAGAGCAAAAGAUGGAGAAGAGAGAGUCCUCUUGUCCUGAUCCGAUCGAAGCAGGGAGCUGUGGACCUUACAGGGACAGGACAGCACAGAAGAUGCUGGGAGAGAACGCUCCGCAAAGGCACUUCAGGCGUUUCCGCUACCAGGAGGCCGGGGGACCCCGAAAGGCUUGCAGUCAGCUCCAUCACUUUUGCUGUCAGUGGCUGAAGCCGGAAAGGAACACCAAGGCCCAGAUGCUGGACUUGGUAAUCCUGGAGCAGUUCCUGGCUGUCCUCCCCCCGGAGAUGGAGAGCUGGGUCAGGAAGUGCGGAGCAGAGACCAGCUCCCAGGCGGUGGCCCUGGCAGAAGGUUUCCUCCUAAGCCAGGUGGAGGGGAAGAAGCAGGGAGAGGAGAAGCAGGUGGAGGAGCAGACAGACGUGGCCCCUGAUUUCUCUGAGACAGAGAAGUUUCCAGCAGAUCCCAAGUUCAGAUGGGUCGUGGUAGAGCACGGCGGAAGAGCUACCUCACCAGGUGAUGAAAUGACCCUGGUGCGUCAUUCUAGCUCUUCUUUUUGCAAUGGAACAGAAGCUCUUGCUGUGCAGCGGCCAGAUCAGGAUCCAGUGGUGUUUGAGGAGGUGGCUGUGCAUUCGACGGAGAAGAACUUGGCUCUGCCAGAUCCGGGCCAAAGGGAUCUGCACAAGGAAGUCAUGGAGGACAAUUAUGGGAAUAUAUCCUCUCUGGGUUUAUUUACUAGUUCAGGUGAUGGGAGGAAGAAUGAGAAAGAAAGUGAGCAGCAGAGGAGGGAGACACAGCCGAGACAGAAGCAGAGUAAGAGAUCAGAAAGGUCUGACUUCCACGAAAUCCCGAAGCUAGAAGACUCUCACACCGGAAACAAAAGGACUGAACUGCCCCCGUGUCCCAAAAUCUUAACGAGGAUAAAAAACCAGGACGCACAGAGUGUUCUCGUUGGGAAGAGCCCAUAUAAAUGCCUGGAGUGCGGAAAGAGUUUCAGGUGGCGUUCAAAUCUCUGCACGCACUUGAGAGUUCACACGGGAGAGAAGCCGUACAAGUGCUCGGAGUGCGGGAAGAGCUUCAGCCAGAGCUCAGACCUUAUUUGUCAUCAGAUAAAACACACAGGGGAGAGACCGUAUAUGUGCUCAGAGUGCGGAAAGAGCUUUAGCGAGAACACGAACCUUAAGAAGCAUUACAGAAUCCACACGGGGGAGAAGCCCUACGCAUGCUCAGAGUGCGGCAAGAGCUUCAGCCGGAACACUAACCUUAAAAGACAUUACAGAAUGCACACCGGGGAGAAGCCCCACACGUGCUCGGAGUGUGGAAAGAGCUUCAGUUGUAUGAUAAACCUUACGAGGCACCACAGAACCCACAGGGGGGAGAAACCGUACAAAUGUUCAGAGUGUGGAAAGCAAGCAAAGAAGCGAAAAAAUACCAAGGACUCUGGCCAAAAUGAUGAUUUACUAGAUAUGUGAUUUUCAAGUCUUAAGUGAAUUUUAUUCCUUUUACAGAUAAGAUGAAAACUCCAGGACAAGGCCCUGUUUCGAUAUACUUCCUCAGCUGGAAAAUUGAGAGACCCUAUCUUAAUUAUCAUAUUGAAGUACUAGCUAGCCCGGCCACGCAUUGCUGUGGGUCAUCCCUGUGAUUCCCCCCACCCUGUCCCGAUCCAUGACGUAUCCCACCCCUCCUCCUUCCACAGGCUCAUCCCUGUGUUUCGGUAGGACACCCUUCCCUCUGUUUUCCCCGGGGAGUGUUGUCCCCUCCCCCCUGUAUCGCCAUACAUUGGCCCCUGCGCAUGCAUUGUGAACAUUUUGAUAUAUUUAGAUUUAAAAUUUUUGAAAUAAGAACAUGAGAAGCAGAAGUUAUUAUCGUUUAAUUUUAUUUUGGGGGUUGUCAUUUAUUGUGGUGGGUAUUGUAUGAUUUGGGCGUUGUUGUGUUUUUUGUGUGUGUGUAUGAGUGUGUUUUGUUACUUGGAUUUUCUAAUUUUGGAGGAGGUGACCCAGAGAACCUAGAGAACUACUUUAAUAAUCCCGACCGGUGGGGGGGAAUUAAAUAGCAAAGACCCACAGCCCCGUAGCAACAGACGACGAGUUCCGAGCUGUUCGGUUCCAUAAAAAACCCAGGAAGUGGCAAGGGGAAGGUAGGAGAUUGUAAAUGGCCACUGCAAAUAUCCGAGGACUUUAACUGGGGAGAGAAAGUGCAUGGUUGUUUUUUUUAAGACGCAGAGGAUUGCAAUCAGUCAUAGUAUAAAACGUAGGUUAAAAGGGGCAUGACUGCCCUUACUUAAAAUGGCCUCCGGAGCCUCGCAUGUGACACAACGCCCGCUAAAUUUUAAAGUAAAAACCCCUUGCCGUGCCCCCAAGUGCGUUGCUGUGGGAUAUUCCCCCCCUGGCCUAGUGGGGGCCUACAUAAAACAAAGGCUGUGCUGCGGCCUGCGACCCAGGCGCUUGCCCCCCCCCCGGUUCUAGUGGGGGCCUGGCAGCCUGGCAUGGGGCUACAUAAAACAAAGGCCGUGCUACGACCUGCAAUCCGGGCGCUCGCCCUCUCCCCCCUCCCUAGGCCUAAUUGGGGCCUAGCAGCCUGGCAGGGGUCUAUGGGUCUGGUAAUGGCUGCCUUGGUGGUUUCAGUUGCUUGGUUGAUUUCUCAGGAAGGGAGGGGGUGUACUGUGGGAGGAAAUCCACUUGAGGGCGCUGUUUUACUUUGUUGAAAAACAGGUUUAUACCUGCAGAGGUGUGAGAUGUGUGGGGGUUUUUUUCUAACAACACUCGGGGAGUGGCCUGGAUCGUUGUGUCAAAAUUUCAGGACGAUCGGUCAAGCAGUUACGGAGAAAAGUGGAGCUUGCACUUUCAUUAUUUUUAUACCUGCUCUCAAGCCAGGUGUCUCCCAUCCUGCAUUUGUGCCUUUCAUUUUUUUUGCCCAAGUGUAGUACUUUACAUUUCUCCCUGUUAAAAUUCAUCUUGUUUGCUUUGGCCCAGUUGUCUAAUCUGUUAAGGUCAUUUUGAAGGGUGAUCCAGUCCUCUGGGGUAUUAGCCACCCCUCCCAAUUUGGUGUCAUCUGCAAACUUGCUCAGGAUGCCCUCAAGCUCAUCAUCCAAGUCAUUGAUCAAGAUGUUGAAUAAGACUGGGCCCAAGACAGAACCCUGUGGCACCCCACUAGUCACUUCUCUCAGUCACUGUAGAAAUCGUUUGAAACAUCACCGGAUCAAUAUGGGGAGAAAUUGUGCACAUGUUCAGAAUGCAGAGAGCAUGGGAUAAAUCGGCUGCAUAUAACCUGUCAUGAAUUCUACUUGAUGUUGAUCCAGCGCAGACCCCCAACUCAUGGGUCUCCAAACUAAGGCCUGGGGGCCGGAUGCGGCCCAAUCACCACCUAAAUCCGGCCCGCGGACAGUCCAGGAAUCAGCAUGUUUUUACAUGAGUAGAAUGUGUCCUUUUUAUUUAAAAUGCAUCUCUGGGUUAUUUGUGGGGCAUAGGAAUUCAUUCAUAUUUUUUUUCAAAAUAUAGUCCGCCCCCCCACAAGGUCUGAGGGACAGUGGGCCGGCCCCCUGCUGAAAAAGUUUGCUAACCCUUGCCCCAACUCAUAGUUAGCAGAGUAAAACUUUAAAUACCAAAAAAAUAGACCAGAGGCAAUUAGCUUCAUUCAGCAGAGUUUACUACUGAAGGCAAAUGAGCAUAUCGGUCACAAAUCCAGUAUCUUCAGGAUUGGCACAGAAUACGCUGUCCUGCCAGGCUUAGUUAGGCAAUGUCCCCACUGUGGAAGGACGUGUGGAUCCAGAAUUGGCCUCCACAGUCACUUAUGGACUCAUUGUUAAAACCGUGUUUAUGGAAGACACUGGCUACAAGUGAUCGCAAAGGAAGAAGGAAGAAGUAGAUGUAGUUAGGUCACACUCCCUCACCUUCGGAGGAAGGCUUACCAAAUUCAUUGUUCUCUCUCCUUUCUGCCAUGUGAACUGAUUAGUAAGGAUGUCUUUGCUCCAAGGUUAGACCACCUGCCAUCUUUGUGUUGCUAUACAAAUAACGUAGCAACAUUUGCCACCUUUUGAAAAUAAGUUAAAUUGCCUGUCUUUUUUUGCUGCUGUAUGGGAAAGCACAUGAAUCUGACCUUUGAAGGGUUUGUAAGUAAAUCAUUUUUAACUUGCCAGGCUCGUGAUCUCUAUGUAUGCUAAGGUGAAGUGGGGAGCUUUGGGAAGAACUUAGAAGGGGGUAUUUUAAAGGCCUAACAGCCUAAAUCUCUACACUUUGCUUUGCUGUGUGUUUCGUAAUUUUUAAAAUCUCUGCUGGGGCUCACUCACCAAAGGGUACUUACGCCCAACCUGGAUCUGGGUCCAGGGAAUUUUUCCUUUUAUUCUUUAACCAAAUUGCCAAAAUAGCAACAGAUAGCUUUUCAGCUAUAACUAAGCACAUAAUGAGAAAAGGAGUUCUAGGGAUGUUCAGAUCUAAAGUUAGAUUCAACAAUAAACACAUGGGACAAAGUAAAGGAGAGGGCUGCUUCUGAAUACAACUUGCUGGAAACCACAGAAGGGGAGAGUGUUGCUCUUAUGUUCAGGCUUCCUGCAUGCAUCUGGUUGGGCAUUGUGAGAACGGCAUGCUGGUCUAGAUGGGCUAUUGGCCUGAUCCAGCAGACUCUUCUUAUGUUCUUAAUUGCUAAAAUAAUGGAAAAAGCUUCAGACAUUGUUGACAAGCUGGAACGUGUGUAGAGGGGGACUCACAAGCUGUUCAAGGUUCUGGAAACCAAGCCUUUUGAGGAACGGUUGAAGGAUUUUUAGCCUGAAAAAGAGGAGAUUGAGAGAUAUGUUAGCCAUCUUCAAAUAUAUCAAGGGCUGUGACAUGGAAGAGGAAAAUAUGGAGCAGGUUGGUUUUUUUAUAGUUAAAAUCAUAUAUAUACAGUGGAAACUCGACUUACGUACAAUUCCAGUUAUGACCUUCAGUAGGUGCUUCAACUUAUGAACUUUCCUGUAGAUACGAACAGAGGCAUCCCUUCUUCUUGUGGGAGCAAAUGCAUAAUAAUAA